GAUGCCGUUAACGGUAGAUCGCAUACGAAUUCUACCGUUAAGCUCAAGCUAAGGAGUUACAUUAUAUGGCUGGCUGACAGUUGGAGUUUACAUGAAGUCAUCGGACACGGGACACUUGCAGAGUCUGUCAUGUCGGACCUGGAUACUCUCAUAGUCACCUUUCAGACCCAGCUCUCGGAUGUGAUGGAGACUGUGGUAAAGACAGCCAUGUAUGAGGUUACUAGGCUGGUGGAGGACGGCUUGUUGGAGGAGGUGAAGCGCAGGAGCCAGGAGGCGGAGUCUCUGAGGAUGCAGCUGCUGUGGGCUGAAAAGAAAUUAAAUGACCAAGGGGGGAAAGAAGGAGGGAAGACUGGAAGGUGUGUUGACUGUACUAAGAAGGAUGCGGAACUGUCCGCCGACGCUGCCGAAGAAAGUUCUAAAGACCAGCACAACAAUGUGUUGAGGAGCUGUGGUGUGAAGAAAGAGAGCAGUCCUGUUGGAAGAUGGACAAGAAGCCCCAGACAAGAAGUCAUAUCAGAGUUACCACAGGAGGCAGAUGAUCCUACAGCCACCCACAGCCCUGAGAGGGAAUCACAGGCCACAGAAGAAGAGGAUGCGAUGGAGGAGAAGGAUGAGGUUAAUAGGCUGCCUUGUUCAUCCUCGCAUUUGGGAGAGUGGAGCAUUACUCUUGAUGGUGAAGCAUGUCGUGAAUCACACAGCGCUGCUGAGCUGACGGAGACACAACCAAAACAGACUCACGAAAACGGUGAGGAAUUACUGAGGAAUAUCAUCAAGCAAGGCCCACUGAUGUCUGCUGCAUAUGCCCUUCCCGAAGAACAGGAAGAAACACACAUGUCUACAGAUCCAUGUCAUGUCUCAUCUUUGGAAAUGGACGCUGGUUGGGCUGGACUUUUGCAGAAUCACAGACUUGGGACUGUGAAGGAUCACGAUCCGGCCAAAACUAGAGGUUCUCUUAAGUGUACAGAACAUGAGCUGUCCGACUCUGUCGCAGCGGAUGUUCACACUCAGGGCAGAGAUCAGAUUUCAACCUCAGGAUCCCCUAAGACGAGACUGCAAAACAGCGAGGCGUUGGGUGUGACAAUAAAGCAGGAGGUUAUUGUUGAUUCUGAUGGGUGUGAGGAAAUUGAGCAUAUGGAAAAAAAAGAAAUGACAAAGUCUGGGAUGACAUCUUUCUCAUGCUCAGUAAAACAGCACAGGCUGAGUUCAGAAGCACGCAAACAGAACCACAUUUCCCAUAAAGCCACAGUGCAGGAGAUUAUGAAGCUGCAUUCCAAAGUGGGUACAGGUCUCAGAUUGCAAGCCGCUAUACAGCACCUCCAUAGACCGAUGAAAAAAAACCCUCACGCCCUCUCGAACAGCACCACGGCAGCACUGUCUAUAGCUCAUACUCAGGUUGUGAACUUAAAUCCCCUCAGCAGAAUUCCCUCCACAUCCAAAGCCGCUCCACCUCCUCCACUCUCAGUACAGCGAGUUCACCUGGGUGACAAACAAGCUGCAGCACUUAACCGAACUGGUGCCCCGUGGGUCAGCAUCAGAUCCCAACAUCAGUCUGCAAACUCCCAUCAUGCCAACCCCGUACCCCAUUCCGACUCUCACGCUGGUCCCAGGCACCUCCUGCGUUGUGGCCAGUGCGGGAAGUGCUUUCCCCACCCCAGCAACCUGAAGGCUCACCUGCAGACUCACACAGGUGAGCGGCCUUUCUGCUGCUCCCUCUGUGGUCGCAGCUUCACUAAACUGAGCAACCUCAAAGCCCACCGCCGGGUCCACACCGGAGAGAGACCGUAUUGCUGCUUGGCUUGUGGCAAACGCUUCACCCAGAAAUGUAACCUGAAACGUCACCAGAGGAUCCAUCUGGAUGUAUGAUGAUGGACAGCGGGUGACAAAAAAAGACACAUUUGGUCUAUUUAUUUCUUUUAGAUUAAGAUACUACAGUGUUUCUUUUUGCAACGCCAUACAGACGCUGUAAUGCAUUGCAAAAAGGCUUCGUGUGUACUCGUCUCUUGAAGUGAUUGUCCCACGUUCUUCUGUGCAUUCCAGAAAGGUUCAUCUAGUAACUUCUGAAGGUGUUUUAAUGUUAUUAAAGGACAACAAGCAUUGUGUUGUGAAAUGUAUCAUGCGCAAAAAGAUAGGUCAAUUGUCCAUUGGUCAAUAAAAUACUAUUUAUUGUGUGAACACUAAUAUUCUUUCAUUUUAUCAGUUACGUCAUGCCUGUGAGGACAAAAGCACUUACUAAUCAUGCAUCAAGCCCUGUGUUUUGGACGUAUGUGAAAAAAAUUAAAUAAGCUAUUAAACAGAUUCAGCAUCAUGAACAAAACUUCUCUUAAGUUGGUUAAGAAUUGAUCGCACAUGUCUAAAAUGCAGGCCAGAGGUGAGCACACACCGUCUGAGAGAUAUUCAUUAUUGGUCAUGAUGAAUAAUGGAAACAUUAUAAUUCAGAUUUAGUUUUAGUUUUUCUGUUUGUAUGUGUUUUUAACUUUUUGUUCUCUUUUGGUUGUCUUUUUGUUGUAUA